AUGGGAUCGCCUCCUGAACCGCCCGCUCCAGCAGACCAAGAGCCCAAAUAUGGUGGCUAUUCACGAUUCGAGGUUGAGCUCGAGUUUGUCCAGUCCCUCGCAAAUCCGGCCUACCUCAACCACCUUGCGUCCCAGAAGCUUCUUAGCCAGCCCGCCUUUGUCGCAUAUCUUGCCUACCUACAAUACUGGAGCAAACCGCCGUAUCUCAAGUACCUAACGUACCCCGGCCCGACACUACGACAUCUCGAGCUCCUCCAGCAGGAGACGUUCCGACAGCAGAUCAUCAGCCCUGAUGUCGUAAGGGCACUAAUGGAGGAGGGCAUGAAGGCAUCCGUCGAUUGGCACCGAGAGAGCUAG